CCAUUUUUUACUUUAUAAAUACACACCUCCUAGUGCAGUUCCCUUCCAUUUUCUGCAUCUUCCCUUGCAGAACUUGUAGUAAGGUUGAGAAAAUUCAAACCAAAAACCUUAAUUUCUGUCCUAAUUUCCUUACAAGCUGAGAAAUGGCACUGCAGAGUGAUCACUCAAGGGAAAUUUCUCACCAGAGGAAAAUCAGUAGGGGAAAGAUCGAGAUCAAGCGGAUCGAAAACACCACAAAUCGUCAGGUCACCUUCUGCAAGCGUCGCAACGGUUUGCUCAAGAAGGCCUAUGAAUUAUCUGUACUCUGUGAUGCUGAGGUUGCCUUGGUUGUCUUCUCAAGCCGUGGUCGUCUCUAUGAGUAUGCCAACAACAGUGUCAAAGCAACCAUUGAAAGGUACAAGAAAACCUGUUCAGAUUCCUCAAACAAUGGAUCAGUAUCUGAAGCUAAUGCUCAGUUCUACGAGCAAGAAGCAUCAAAACUGCGAUCACAUAUCACUAAUUUGCAGAAUCAAAACAGGAACAUGCUUGGUGAAUCACUCGGGGCACUGUCCCUCAGAGAUCUCAAGAACCUCGAGACUAAGGUCGAAAGAGGCAUUAGCAGAAUCCGUACCAAAAAGAAUGAACUGCUAUUUGCUGAAAUUGAGUACAUGCAAAAAAGGCAGGAGAUCGACUUACACCAUAACAAUCAGUACCUUCGAGCAAAGAUAGCUGAAACUGAGAGAGCCCAGCAGCACAUGAGUUUGAUGCCAGGGAGUUCUGACUAUGAGCUUGUUCAACCUCAGCCAUUUGAUGAGCGAAACUACCUUCAAGUUAACGCUCUGCAACCAAAUGAAAACUAUCCUCAGCAAGAUCAAUCACCUCUUCAAUUAGUCUGAUUUAAUAAAGGGCCUGUGACUUCUGUUCCAUUGUCCGCUAAGAGUUCUACCAGCAAGUUAAUCAAGUUCGGAAAUUAAAGAAGACUGGACAGCAAAGAUCUUCAUAAAUGAUCAUAGGCUCGUUUAAUGUCUUAUUUUCUAUGUUAGUUCUAUGCAAUGUUGUGUGAGAACCUACUGGACUGAUCUGAUAUUCUUUGUCUAUUUAGUUUUAUUUCAGUUUGUCAUCCAAAUGUUGUUAUGUCUAUGGAUUGACCAGGGUCACUUGUGUUGGGAUUUAAUUUGUCUGUGGGCAUACAUAUACAAUUAAUUUUGUGUAUAAAAAGGCCAUCUUAAAGUUA